AAUACGUAUUCGUUAGUUUACUUUUACAAAGUUACUAUAAAUGGGAAGAAUAUUGUAUAUUGUUAUAUUUUUGUUAUUAUUGAUUUCAAUUUUUAUGGGUUAUUUGUACGUUUCUGUUUUGCCUCCUGAAUUGAAGCUGCGACUUGGUUUUCACGUUGAAGAACAGUUAAAUCCAAAAGGAGAAGAACCUAUAAUUAUAUGGUGGAGUUUCUUUUCAAAUCACAGUACAAGUUUUUAUUCAAGCUGUGAUGAUGUUAAAUGUUUUGUAACAAAUAAAAAAGAAUACCAAGACAACCCAAGAAAUAAGGCUUUCUUGUUUGAUGGCACCUUUCUGAAACCGCAUGACCUUCCGCUACCACGUCAACCAGAUGAUUUAUGGGGUCUAUUUCAAGAGGAAUCCCCUAAGAAUAACUACUUACUCUCCCAUUCUGAAGUCAUGGACCUAUUCAACAUUACCAGCACAUUUAGGAGAGAAUCAACUUUCCCAAUACUGCUCCGUGAUGUACAAAGUAUUGACUGGUUAGAGAGUAGUAAAUAUUUUGUGCCAACUCUUAAGAAAAACAAAUACUUAACAGAACUAUCUCCAGUAGUAUAUGUGCAUAGUGACUGUAAUCCACCAUCUGGAAGAGAUGAGUUUGUCAAAGAGCUGAUGAAGUAUCUUAAAGUAGACUCAUACGGAAAAUGUCUUCACAACAAAGACUUACCUGAAAGUCUUAUAGAUCCCCUGCCUGGAAUGUUUGAUACAAAGUUCUACAAGCUAAUGGCUAAAUAUAAGUUCACACUUGCAAUGGAGAAUUCUAUAUGUGAUGACUACAUUACAGAGAAGUUAUGGAGACCGUUAUACCUCGGUUCAGUUCCUAUUGUUUUAGGUUCUACCAAAGUACAGGACUUUCUUCCGUCAAACCAUUCCGCUAUAAUAAUAAAGGAUAUAAGCUCACCUAAGAAAAUAGCUGAUUAUAUACACCUCUUGAACAAUAAUGAUGACGUGUAUAACGAAUAUACAGCAUGGAAGAAGACAGGAGUCACCAAUACAUAUCUAAAGCAUGUUCUACAAAAACGAGAUUUCAUGGAUCCCCAUAUGCGCGCCCAGUGUAAUAUUUGUAAAAUUUUACAUGAAAACAAAAGGAGAACGACAUCGGGACUUCCUAUAUUAAGAUACAGAGCAAAUCACAGUCAUUUUGGCUGUCCUGGUCCUGUGAAAUUUAAUCCAAAAGUUAAGCCGAGACCUUUUGAAAGCAUAUAUAGACAUUUAUAUUAUCAGUCCAUCUUUGAAGCUAAAGCGGUAUCCCAUUUUGCCAAGCUUAAUCGAAAAGUAACUUCCAAGGAAUUCAACGAAUACUUAUCUGGAAUAACUACUGACGUCUUGUAA